AUGGUCUUCACGGUGUCCUCUGGGAGCUUCAGGAUCAGUGGCGUCGCAUCCAAAUACAAGAACAUCAUCUCCAGAAGUAUUCUGAUCCAUUCAGGACCUCCUGCUGUCUACCAGCUGAGACCAAAGAAACAGGAGUUUGGAACUCUGACCAGAAUGACUGUUGGUGAAAGAAAUGUGAACAAGAUCAAUAAAACCAUCUUACUUGCUGGAGAAACAGGAACAGGAAAAUCUACUCUGAUCAACGCUCUGAUCAACUACAGCAUGGGAGUGAAGUUUGAGGAUGAAGUCUGGUUUCAGAUCGUAGAGGAGGAGAGAAGAAGUCAGACAGGAAGUCAGACACCAGAUGUGAUCGUGUACGAGAUCUUUGGUUAUGAAGGUGAAACUCUGCCCUACUCUCUGACCAUCAUUGAUACUCCUGGAUAUGGAGACACCAGAGGGAUUGAACGAGAUGACAUUGUUAGUGAGAGAUUAUUGGAUUUGUUUCGAUCAGAUGAUGGAGUUCAAGAAGUUCAUGCAGUGGGUCUGGUGAUGAAGGCAACAGAUAAUCGACUGAGUGACCGACUGAUGUACAGCUUUGAUUCAGUGAUGUCUCUGUUUGGAAAAAACAUGGAGAAAAACAUUGUAGCUCUCAUCACACAUUCAGAUGGUGUAACGCCUGAGGAUGCCCUUGAAGCUCUUAAAGGUGCAAAAAUUAAAUGUGCCAAUGAGGAGAAUGAGCCUGUUCACUUCCUGUUUAAUAACCAACAGAAGAAAGAGAGAACAAAAAGAAAUAAGCUGGCCUUGAAAAAUGCAUGGAGAGUAACUGAGGAAGGAAUGAGAGAAUUCUUUGCAUUUUUGGAAAAAACAGCACCUCAAAAACUGAUGAAAACAGUUGAAGUGUUAAAUGAACGCAUCAGACUGAAAGCCUGCAUCCAAAACCUGCAAGAGAGAAUCGAUAAAGGAGAACAAGAAAAACAAGAACUUGAAAAAAUUCAAGAAACUCUAAAAAAACACGAAGAAGAGAUGAUGAAGAACGAGAACUUCACUGUAGAAUUUGAUGAGCCCUACAAAGAAAAAGAACCCAUUGAUGGUGGGAUGUGGGGGUUGGCUUUUUAUGAAGCAGCUACCUGCUGUACAGUCUGUGAGGAGAACUGUCACUAUCCUGGAUGCACAGUGGCCUGGUAUCCUAAAGACUGUGAGGUCAUGAAAAAAGGCCGCUGCACUGUUUGUACCAAGAAGUGUCCUGUGUCAACUCAUGUGAAAGAAAAGUGGAGAUAUGUGACCAAGACCAGGAGAGUUCAGAAGACCAAUGAAGAAAUGAAAAAGAAAUACGAAACAAAUAAGUUGGAAAGUCAAUUGAAGAAGACUAAGAUGGAAAGUCUUAAAGGGGGCAUUAACAACCUGACAGCAGCUGAUUCAUUGCUGAACAAACCAGAAAUGCAACAGAAGUAUGAAAAGAAAAAAAACGAAAAUGAGAAGAAGAAGAGUCUUUUGGAAAAUCUUGAAGAAGAAAUGAAGCAGCUGACAGCAGAGAAAUCACAGUGGUUGGAUGAGUCCUACCAACAUGUUGUCAGCCUGCAGCAGAUCGCCCUGAAAGCUGAUUCAGUUUCCACUGUUGCCCACUUGAGCCUGCUGAUUGAGAAGAUGAAGGAGGAAGGAGACACAGAGAAGGUCCAGAAACUGGAGGAGAUGAGAAGCAGAGUGGAUGAAGGAAGCAGAACAGCUCUGGGAUAUAUGUGGAAUAAACUAACAGCAUUUGGGAAAAGAAGUUAA